AUGCUGGAAGAGGGCACAGAGAACAGGCAUCACAAUGAUGCGGGCUGUGAUGAUGAUCCCCCUUCACGUCUCUUCUAUGAUGAGGAGUCCCCCGUAUCAAUAUGCGACCUGCUAUCAUCUGAACCAAUGUUGCCUGGCAUGCAAGCAUCCGUAGAAGUCCCCGCAGUGAAAGCCAGAGCGCUCAACCGGGCCCCGGAAUUCUUAACAACGAGGGCUGGGGCGACGAAGCGUGGGAUCUAG